AUGUUGGUCUUCAAUUCGAUAAUGGUGGUAAUGGUAGUAAUGAGGAUGAAUAAGAUUUUGAUGAUGGAAGUGACAAUGGAAUUGGUUGGAAUCAAAACCACAACAGUGGUAAUAGGCGGAAUCAAGGCAAUCGGGGUGGAAACAGAAAUUACAAUAACUGGAAGAACCAGAAUUUCCACAAUGGUGGCAAUAAUCACCACAAUGAUGGGUUCAAAAAUCAAGGCUUUGGGAAUCAAUACCGAAGGAAUCCAAAUGGUGGAUUCCACAAUGCAAAUGGAGGAUACUACAACGAAGGUAAUCAAUUCCAUCAUCUUUACUUUCCGCAACCUAAUAGACAAUCCAUGGCAUCUCAUUUUCAUUCAGGAGAGUAUGAUGAUGGUUCAUUGUACUCUUCACAGAAGGAAAUGA